AAUGAAAAUCCAUUUCCACCCUUAUUUCCAUUGUAUAUGAUUAAAAGUCGCAGAAAUCCAUGAAAAUGAUUUCAUAGGAGGAAGCAUCGGAUCGCUCUGUAAGAACAGAGCCUCAACAAGAAGACGAGCAAAAUCAUCACUGUACGUAUGAUUCUACAACGCGCUACUACUCCCUUGUUGAAGCGGUUGAUUUAGCAGAGAAUUCCAAACACAAUCCAUACCCUCCCCGGCCGGUCCUUCCCCGUCCUCCACCGCCGUCGCCGUCGCCGGUGCCACAUGUGCCUCAUACUCCUCCUCCCAAGGAUCCGGUAGAUUACACCACACCAAUUGCUCGGACCACUCCGUAAGCGCAAUAUCGGCGGUAGUGGAUACUCCAUCGAAGGACGUGAAGAAAACGUCCUCAACUUUCCAGUCCUCGUAUUUGGAGUAAAUCAGGCUGUCCUUCAACCAGGGGAAAUCAAACACGCCGAAUGACAGAUCCAAAUCAAACAACCUUCCAAAUCCUUCGACGUGUUGGCGCUUCUCUCCGUUUCCGAUUUCCUGCUGCGACGAUUGCUCGUUUCUUACACCGGCCGAUGAUGAGGACGACGACGACGACGACGAUUCUCUUGGUCGCUUGGCGUUACGGCGGUCCAUUUUCGAUCGGAAAGUGAUUAGUAGAAGAUGAAGAAUGAAAUCAGGGGAAGAAGAAGAAGAAGAAGACGAAGAAAUAGAUUUGAGAGGCAGAUUGAUGAAGAAAUUAGGGAAAUGGAAAUUGGAGGUUUUGGAAAUUGGGUCACGCAAUUUGUGAGCAAUUGGCGUAUGCAACUCUCAGCACGCAUCAUUCACCCAACAUGUUAGAUGAGGUCGAGGUUCAAGUGGUGAGAGCUUAGAAUGGCUGGUGGCGGCAACGGCGGUGGGGGAAGAGGAUCUUUUCUGAAGAAAGCUGCUAGGAAGAUUUUUGUUGCUACAUACGCAUGCCGCUCCUCCUCUCGUAGAAAAUCUCGCUCUGUUUCGAAUUUGUCUGCUUCGUCCGCACAAAAACCGAAGCACGCUGUAGAAGAAGUUGGGGAAGCUGAAAUUGCAGAACAAAUAGAAUCAAGAACCUCGAACAAUCUGCCUUCCAAGAAUCUGUGCCCGAUAUGCCUUGAUCCUCUAAUCUACAAAACCGAAGGGUGUCGUCCAGGGCAGGCCAUUUUCACCGCACAGUGUUCUCAUGCAUUCCAUUUCUCUUGCAUCUCAUCCAAUGUCCGUCAUGGCAGUGUCACAUGCCCAAUUUGUCGAGAUCAAUGGACUCAGCUGCCCCGGAAUUCAGCCCCACUUUGCACCCAGAUUGAUCCUAUUCUCCGUAUUCUUGAUGAUUCCAUUGCCACAUCCCGCAUCAACCGCAGAUCCUUCCUGCUCUCCAGCCAUUACAAUGACGAUGACCGUGUCGAGCUUGACCGUACACCUACUCAUCAUUCUCGUCUUUCUUUCUCUCUACAUUUGGCCACAUCAAGCUUCUGUCCUCCCAUCCAAGUGAGCGGAUUUGCCCCCUGUUACCUUUGCUACAACCGCCUAACUCGUCCGCCACUGCCACUGCCUCAGCAAUUCCCCUGCAGAAGCCCCUCUCCCUUGUUGCAACCACCUCGUAUUACAGCCAAGCUCAGGAACAGGACAAGAGCUUACCUUUCAGUGAAAUUGGCACAUCAAAGAGCGACUGACUUGGUCCUAGUUGUGUGUUCCAAUGGCCCGCACUUGAGGCUCCUCAAGCAAGCCAUGGCCCUAGUGAUUUCCUCCCUCCAUUCCAUCGACUGUUUGGCCAUCGUUAUUUACUCAUCUUCUGCAACUAGUGUGUUCCCUUUGAGGCGGAUGACAUCUUAUGGAAAGAGAGCUGCCUUACAAGUCAUUGAUCAUCUGUUCUACAUGGGGCAGGCAGAUGCUGUGGUAGGGCUGCAGAAAGCUAUUAAGAUACUUGAGGAUAGCACCCACAAGAAUCCCAACUCCUCCGUCCUGCAUCUAUCCGAUAGCCGAAUUCAGCCAUACCGUCUCAUCAACUUCGAUUCUCCUACUGUCCCAAUUCAUUGGUUUCAUGUAGGAUUGAGGUUCCAAACUUCACCUGGUUUUGUAAUGCAGGAGUUUGAAGAGUUCCUGAUGACAAAAGUAUUUAGAGGAAUCAUCAGAGACAUCCAACUAAAAAUUGUUGAGGAAAGCAGCAGAUCAACCAUCAUUAAUAUUGCAGAGUUGAGAGGCGACGAAGAAAAGAUAAUUGUAAUGGACAAUCUGUUGAGUGAUAAUGAAGGACAUGUCAGGGUGAGAUACAGCUACAUCGAUGGCGAGAUCGGCGGCGAGGAGUGUAUGAAAGCAGGCGAGACCCUGCUAAGUUUAGGAAUCAAGAGCAACAAUGAUGUUACUUUCAAUGAAGCUGGUCGCGAAAACAGGGAAGAGGAUGCAAGUUUAAGCAGGAGGAUUAGCAGCGUCGAACAAUGGGAUCAUCACGAUCCGUUCGGAGCUAGAAGAUGGUCCAAGCACUUGCAUUCUUACCGGCUAUAAUUCAAGAGAUGAAUGAACACAGUAUAAAAGAGCUCUAGAAUGUGGUACUCUAAGUGCUUGGUUGAAGAAGGGUGUAAAUAAAAUGUUUGAAAAUAAAAUAUCUAAGAAUUUUAGUUUCA